UGGUAACUAGUGACGACCCAAGAUUGCCAGAGUUUGUCAUAAAAGCGCCCUUAAAUUGACUCCCGGUUCAAACAGAUACAUUGACCUUCGUGGACGUAAGGAGGAAUCAACGUUAUGUCACUGCUCAGAAAUGUGUUUAUUGUGUCUGCUAAGCGGACCCCGUUUGGAACCUACGGUGGGGUGCUGAAGGAUCACAGUGCAACAGACCUAGCAGAGCAUGCCUCCAAGGCUGCCCUUGCUGCUGGGGGAGUUGCACCUGAGCUUGUCAACAGUGUUAUCUUUGGAAACGUAAUGCAGAGCUCUGCAGAUGCUCCAUACAUUGCCCGUCACGUGGGCCUGAGGUGUGGGGUGCCCAUUCCAGUGCCUGCUCUCACCGUGAACCGCCUGUGUGGGUCUGGCUUUCAGUCAAUCAUCAAUGGCGCUCAGGAAAUCUGUUUGAAGGAUUCAGAGGUGGUGCUGUGUGGCGGCUCGGAGAGCAUGAGCCAGGCGCCAUACGCUGUCCGCAACAUCCGCUUUGGAACCAAGUUCGGACUCGACCUCAAGCUAGAGGACACUCUGUGGGCGGGGCUUACUGACCUGCACAUUAAGAUCCCCAUGGGCAUCACAGCAGAGAACCUGGCAGUGAAAUAUGAGAUCAGCAGAGACGACUGUGACAAAUACGCACACCAGACCCAGCAGAGGUGGAAGGCAGCCCAUGAGGCGGGCCACUACACGGCAGAGAUAGCACCCAUUGACGUGAAGGCUAAGAAGGGCAAGGUACCCAUGACCCAGGAUGAGCACCCUCGUCCCCAGACCACCCUGGAGCAGAUGGCUAAGCUACCCCCUGUCUUCAAAAAGGGAGGAACGGUUACUGCCGCCAACGCAUCAGGUGUGUCUGACGGCGCUGCUGCCGUGGUGAUAGCCAGUGAGGAAGCUGUGAAGGAGCACAAGCUCACCCCAUUGGCAAGAAUAGUGGCCUAUCACGUCUCCGGCUGUGACCCAAGCAUUAUGGGAAUCGGCCCAGUCCCAGCCAUCACAGAAGCCCUGAAGAAAGCAGGUCUCACCCUCCAAGACAUGGAUCUGGUGGAGGUGAAUGAGGCAUUUGCUGCUCAGUACCUGGCUGUUGCCAAGGCAUUGGGUCUGGACCCAGAGAAGAGUAAUGCUGAUGGGGGGGCUAUUGCCAUUGGCCACCCCCUGGGAGCCUCUGGAGCACGCAUCACUGCUCACCUGGUCCACGAGCUCAGGCGGAUUGGGGGAAAGUAUGCUGUGGGAUCAGCUUGCAUCGGUGGUGGUCAGGGUAUCGCCAUAAUCAUAGAGAACACUCACUGAGGAACCGAGCAAACCAUCCACAAUUAGAAUACCAUCCACACUCUUAACACACACCACACCCUAUAUACUCAAUAGAGUACAUGCCAUAUACACACUCGAGUAAGACCUUAUGUUUUUGUCCAAGGUAGAGUUUUCUUAGUAUUGACUUAAUGUAAGAAUAUCCACUUUCCAAUGUAAAUAAAAAU